UUCCACUGCUGAUUUUGGAUUUUCAACCCAGUCCGAAAAUUCCAAGCCAUGAAAAUUGUUUUGUCUUAAGUCGGACCAUGGAAAUGAUUCUUCUUCGCAACUGUCUUCCCGUUUUCUUCUUUGACCACAAACCACAUCCCUUGACCUUCUAGGUGGCCACCAUUAUUGCCUUUAUAAACCACCAUUCACCUCCAUCACUUCCACCCUAACUCCUCCCUGCCGUAAGCGUUAUCAAGGUUUUACAAGAAAAUCAAAUAGUAAGAAGGAUGCCUCCUUUUGCUUCAACCAUGCCUCCUCGGAACGACCUUAUUCGCUCUCAGGGCAUUAGUCCCCUCUCAGAUAUUAUCACCAUUGAUGUUGGUGGUCAACUCUUUCAGACCACAAAACAAACCUUAGCUCUUGCAGGACCCAAAUCGCUCUUCUCCCAAUUUUCGCAGUCAACUCAUGUGAGUCUUGCUCCUCUGUUCAUCGACAGAGAUCCGGAGUUGUUCUCUAUCCUUCUCUCUCUGUUGAGAACUGGGAAUCUUCCUUCAAAGGCUAAAGCUUUUGAUCUUGAAGAUUUGAUCGCAGAGUCCAAAUUUUAUAAUGUCGAGCCUCUUUUAGUUAACUCUCUAUCCAAUCCUUCUCUGUUUGAUGCUUUCAACCUCGAGAGGUCGUUAACUUUGCCCCUCAACGGCCGCGACUUCCCUUCUGCCAUGGCCACGACGUCGUUUGGGACCCUGCACGUAGCUCAUGGCAGCAAAAUAACUUCUUUCGAUUGGGCCUUGCGCAGGAAGUCGACCAUCCUUACCCAGUUCACGGCGAUCGAUUCUCUCCUGGCGAUUUCGCCAACUCUUGCAGCCGCGGGAGCCACCGAUUUCUCGGGGAUGCAAAUUCUCGAUCUCGAAAAGGGUUCUGUCAAAGAAACAUUGUGUUGGGAGAACGUGACCCGAUCGAGCUCUACGGUUCAAGCAAUUGGUUCGUCUCCAGAUUUCUUGCUCACAAGUUUCGAGUCCGGUCGCAGGAACUCAAACUCUAUCAUGGUCUAUGAUUUACAAACCUUUUCUCCAGUAACCGAGAUUGCACACUGCGAGAUAUAUGGUGCUGAUCUUGAUUCAGCCAUUCCAGCCACAAAAUUGAAGUGGGUAGAGAGUCACAAUGUGGUAAUGGCUUCUGGUUCUCAUAGUGGACCAUCUGGUAUACUGGGGAAUGUGAAAUUGUGGGAUAUAAGGUCCGGAAAUGUGAUUUGGGAAUUGAAAGAGAGAGUUGAUUGUUUCUCUGAUAUUACUGUUUCAGAUAGCUUGUCAGCCAUUUUUAAAGUUGGGGUGAAUUCUGGCGAGGUCUUUUAUACAGAUUUGAGAAAGUUGGGUGAUACAGAUAGUAAUCCAUGGAUUUGCUUGGGCGAUAAGAGGAAGGUGCUAAAUGUGAAGAAAGAAGGAAAUGGGUGCAAGAUUGAAGCUCAUGGGAAUCAAGUCUUUUGUAGUAAAGGAGGAGAUGUUGAGCUCUGGUCAGAGGUUGCCAUGAAUUCCUCCAAGAAAAGCGAAGAUGGGUUGCCAGAUAGGGUGUUCAGGAGGAAUUUGAUGGGAAGAGCAAAAGAUAUUGGAGGAUCAAGAAUAACCAACUUGGCUUUUGGGGGAAGCAAAAUGUUCUUGACAAGGAAGGAUCAGCAAUCUGUUGAGGUUUGGCAAAGUUCUAUAAGGGGAUUUUAGAUCUUUGAAUUUUUUUCAUUCAAUUAGCCAUUAGUGUACAAUUUUAAGAGAUGAAUACUCAUUGAAAGGUAGGUACUUAUUGUUUGUAGUUCAUAGUUUGAUUCAUACAAUUGUAAAUGUCCAUGUAUCUUAUCAAAAUAUUCCCUUGUUUUAUCAUAGAUAGGGCUUAUCAUUUUGUAGCAGUGGCUCUGUAACAUUGUUUCCAGAUGCAAUUCCACCUGAGGAUGUCACUGUAAUUCCAAUUUGUAUGCCCAUGAAUCUUGUACAAUAAAUCAUUUACUCUUGGUUUUC